AUGUUAGAAAGUUAAGUCACAAUGGAAGCCUGGUCAAGUAUCUGCACUGGUUGCCAGCAGUGUGGGAAGAUCAGAUGGACCAGAGGGAAACCAUCUAGAAGCUAAGUGAAUGAGAAGAUCUUGAAGACAGAAGACAGAGAGAUCAGAGAUCCCAGGGUAAAAACUUGGAGAAAUUUCACAGUAUAUCAUCCAAAAAAGGAGUUCACGAUGGAGGCAGAGGUAAACUUGAACAGGAUAGGAAGAUGCCACCCAAGCGCAUAGCUAAGAGAAGGUCAGCCCCAGAAGAUGCCAUCCCCAAAAGCAAGAAAGUAAAGGACUCUCGUAACAAAGCAGUGAGGGCCACUGCCUCCCGCCGUGGUCCCAGCGCCCGCUCCUGCCAAGGUGCCUACAGGCUGAGCCCUCCUGACCAGAAAACCCACCCAGUCUCACACAGGUCCCACAACACAGAACCAGGCUUGGUGCUGACACUGGGCCAGGGCGACGUAGGCCAGCUGGGCCUAGGUGAGAAUGUUAUAGAGAGGAAGAAGCCUGCCCUGGUGCCCAUUCCAGAGGAUGUUGUGCAGGUUGAGGCUGGGGGCAUGCACACCGUGUGUCUGAGCAAAAGUGGCCAGGUCUACUCCUUCGGCUGCAAUGAUGAAGGUGCCCUGGGAAGGGACACAUCUGUGGAGGGCUCAGACAUGGUCCCUGGGAAAGUGGACCUGCAAGAGAAGGUGAUACAAGUGUCAGCAGGAGAUAGCCACACAGCAGCUCUCACCGAAGAUGGUCGUGUUUUCCUGUGGGGUUCAUUCCGGGACAAUAAUGGCGUGAUUGGGUUGUUGGAGCCCAUGAAGAAGAGCAUGGUGCCUUUGCAAGUGCAGCUGGACACACCAGUGGUAAAGGUAGCCUCAGGAAAUGACCACUUGGUGAUGCUGACAACUGAUGGUGACCUCUACACCUUGGGCUGCGGGGAGCAGGGCCAGCUAGGCCGAGUACCUGAGUUAUUUUCCAACCGUGGUGGUCGGCAGGGCCUCGAACGACUCUUGGUCCCCAAGUGUGUGAUGCUGAAAUCCAGGGGAGCCCGGGGCCAUGUGAGGUUCCAGGAUGCCUUCUGUGGUGCCUAUUUCACUUUUGCCAUCUCCCAAGACGGCCACAUAUAUGGCUUUGGCCUUUCCAACUACCAUCAACUUGGAACACCAGGCACAGAAUCUUGCUUCAUACCCCAGAACUUGACAUGCUUCAAGAAUUCCACCAAAUCCUGGGUGUGCUUCUCUGGUGGCCAGCACCAUACAGUCUGUCUGGAUUCAGAAGGAAAAGCAUACAGCCUGGGCCGGGCUGAGUAUGGGCGGCUUGGCCUUGGGGAGGGUGCUGAGGAGAAGAGCAUACCCACCCUCAUCUCCAGGCUGCCCACCGUCGUCUCAGUGGCCUGUGGGGCUUCUGUGGGGUAUGCCGUGACCAAGGAUGGUCGUGUUUUUGCCUGGGGUAUGGGCACCAACUAUCAGCUGGGUACAGGGCAGGAUGAGGACGCCUGGAGCCCUGUGGAGAUGACUGGCAAACAGCUGGAGAACCGCGUGGUGUUGUCUGUGUCCAGCGGGGGCCAGCAUACAGUCCUAUUAGUCAAGGACAAGGAACAGAGCUGAUGAAGCCUCUGAGGGCCUGGCUCCUUCCCCUGCCCUCCCUUAUAGAACAGGGAAGCAGAGACAACUACAGAUUCCAGCAGGCCUCUCCCCAGCCCUGAGCACUGUCGGUCUCCUGCCAUUUUUCCAUCAGCAGAGCAGAAUCCUUUUCUCUCUUUCCUCCUCUUUUCUGGAAUCAUCCUGGGACCUGCAGGAUGAAAGGGGAGGGAGAUGGGAGGGUCUGUCAGAAGGAACAUUGCUCAUCCCAGACUAUGUAGUCAGACCUUUCCUUCUACUUCCCUACCCUCUGGUGGUCCUGGCUGGCCCUGACUUUGCCUACAAAAAAACAAAACUUCUUCCCCUGGAGGUGUGGUACCUGCACUUUGAGAAGUUGGGCUUUAUCAAGCCCCAUUCUGGUCUUGUGUUUCUAACAGUCCCCAGGCAAACAGAUGGUACAGUCAUCAUACCCAGUUGUCAUGGAGCCAUAUCUGGGGGAAUUUGGAGGAAAGACAAGGCUACAGGACCUGUGCACAACCCCAAGCCAAAUAUUUGGCUCUAAGCAGGUGUCCGAAUGAGCCACUUGAUGAAGAAAAAGCCAAAAGCUAUUCUCCCAGAAGCACAAAGCAUACUCUUGUCUUUCAGGCAUUGCCUGUGGAUUCCCCCAUUUGUUGGGCCACACCUGCAACCAAGGACAUGAAAGCCAGGCUGGGCUGGGCUGGGCAGGGCUGGGCAAAGCAUGGGGUAGAUAAAAGGUUUUAUGAACAGCAAUAUUGGGAGGAAGAGAGGGGAAGGAGUUGGAAGGGCAAAGGCUGGUCCUCAGAAAAGGAAGCAGUAACUUGUACAGUGGCUGUGAAAAUAGUUUUGGAUUUUUUUUAAUUAUAAAAUAUUUUGGAGGGGAGAGUGGAAAUCUUGUAACACUUUGAAUAAAUUUAAAGUUUUAUAAAACA